GUGCCCUGAAAUACAUCGAGGCGCACCCACCUCCAGUCCAGAAGCCCCAAAACUAAUAAGCUCAAUAUCAACGGAAACAGAUAAAAGUUUUUUUUACUAUAAGAAUGAAAUUCAUCAUUGUUCUCGCCGUCUUCGUCGCCUGCGCCAGCGCUGACGUGUCCCACGUCGCCACCGCUGACUACAUUGUGCCCAUCGUCAGGUCCAGCAACGAACAGAAGCCUGAUGGCGGUUUCAACUACGCCUUCGAAACUGGCAACGGUAUCAUCACCCAAGCCGAUGGUGUUGUCAAGAACCCCAACACCGAGGACGCCACUCUCCAAGUCACGGGAAGCGUGAAGUACGUCGCCCCUGACGGUACCCCCGUGGAACUCUCAUACGUCGCCGACCAAGACGGUUACAAACCUGUCGGAAGCCACGUUCCCCAGAUCCCUGAGCUGAUCCUCCGUGCCCAGCAGUACAUCGCCAGCCACCCACCCGUAGUCAAGAAAUUGUAAGACCACAGUAGACCCACACAUCGCAAACCUGAAGAAAUAAAGCAGUUCUAACAUCUUUUUA